UCGGAACACCUCGGCUAUUAUUCAUAAUAAUCUGACGGAAAUGAUCAAGAAGAUGCGAUUCUUUACUACCUUACCAACGGUAUUACGAGUAUUUAGCCAAAUAAGAGUUUGUAGCGAAGCUAAGGCCAUUGUGUUCGAGCCUUAUCUUAAGUUCGACGUAAAGCAACGAGAAGUUGCGAGUGACAUAAAUAUGUUUAAAAAAAUAAAAGACAUGAUGUUAAGAAAGUAUACUUUCGGUUUCGUUUUAGGAAUUUCUUUGGGAAACUAUUUAUACCUUGGCUCAUUACCAAUGGAAAUUUGAACGGGAAUUUAAGACAUUGUGAAAUAUCUUUUAACACGUUAACACUUACUUCAUAGAUAAUGCGAUAUUUGCUUUUGAUACAGUAAGAUUGGAAUAAAAAGAACCAACAGAGAAAUCCAAUAACAAAUAUAGAAAGAUGAUGACUGUUUACAAUAAUAAUGGACACAAAGUUCCUGUUCAAGCAAUGCCCAAUGGAGUCAUUAUACCGUCGAAUGGUCAAAUGAAUGGACAUUUUAUUUAUGCUGGUGAUCAGAGACACAUAAGUGAAGUGCCUACACAAUGGAGACCAACCAAUUGGAGUAGAGAGAAUCUACUGGGUAUAAAAGGCGAUAUAAUGAGCUUUACACCAUCAGAUCCGUCAGUCACACGGACACGAAUAUUGAUGAUUGGACUUGUUGGCGCAGGAAAGUCCAGCUUCUAUAAUACCAUUGACUCCGUAUUCAGGAAUCGUAUAACUCAGCGCGCAACAUGUGGUAGCGCAGAAAAUAGCCUUACAAAAAAUUACACCACCUACACUUUUAAAGAUCAAAGUGGAACAGACAUGAGCUUCUGUUUAUGUGACACACGUGGAAUGGAAAAGAAAUAUUGUCUGCAUCAGAUGGACUACAAAUAUUUAUUGGAUGGACAAAUCAAAGACCACUACGAGUUUUCAUCGAAGCUUCCAGUAUCUUGGUGGAACUUUAAAAUAAAGCCGUCUGCCAAUGAUAGAGUACAUUGCAUAGCGUUUGUCAUUGAUGCAACAUCUGUGGACGUUCUAUCAAAAGAAGAUUUACACAAAAUCAGAACAUUUCAGGAACUUGCAAAAGAGAGAGGUAUAGUACAGACAGUUGUUCUUACAAAGAUUGAUACUCUGUGUAAAGAUGUGAAAAGGGAUAUUUCGUCAGCCGUUACAAGCCCGGUUGUUGAAACAGCUGUUCAAAAGGUAGCAGACCUGCUACGUCUUCCACGUAACAAUGUAUUCCCGAUGAAGAACUACGAAAAUGAGACCGAGCUUGACGACAAAAUAAGUAUUCUCGCCUUAUCUGCUUUAAGGCAAAUGCUUCACUUCACAGAAGAUGCUUUGCAAAAGAAGAAAGAAGAGGCAGAACAUGCAAAAUGGCCAUGCAAUAUCCUGUAAAACGCGGCCAAUCUGAUUCAUAUUAAUAUACAUUUAAAUUUGAAAGUUAAAACAAAACUACAAACAUACAUUUUUAAAGAAGCAGUCCCACACAGACUUUAAGUAGUACUUAAUCUUCUUUUUAUUUAUGUAAUGUUUUAGACUUUCAUAAGCUGUACUUUCACACUCAGAUGUACAACUGAAUAGUGUGUAGGUCCU